AUGGGUAGAGAAGGAAUCAAAAAUUAUUAUCAGACCAAGAUCGAGGAGGCAGAAUUAAUAAUAAAUGAGAAAACGCAAAAUUUGAGACGUCUGGAAGCCCAAAGAAAUGCUUUGAAUGCAAAAG